AUGCGGCCCCAACGGGAGUAUCAUAUCGUCGUGCUAGGCGCUGGAGGUGUGGGGAAAAGCUGUUUGACGGCUCAAUUCGUCCAGAAUGUCUGGAUCGAGAGCUAUGACCCCACCAUCGAGGAUUCAUACCGGAAGCAGAUUGAGGUUGAUGGACGACAAUGCAUCUUGGAAAUCCUCGACACCGCUGGAACGGAACAAUUUACGGCCAUGAGAGAGUUAUACAUGAAGCAGGGCCAGGGGUUUCUGCUCGUUUUCUCGAUUACAAGCAUGUCCUCGCUGAAUGAGCUCUCGGAGCUCCGAGAACAGAUCAUCCGCAUCAAGGACGACGAGAAGGUCCCGAUCGUCAUCGUGGGCAACAAAUCCGAUCUCGAGGAAGACCGCGCCGUGCCCCGUGCGCGGGCGUUUGGCCUGUCCCAAAGCUGGGGAAAUGCGCCGUACUAUGAGACCUCGGCGCGUCGACGCGCCAACGUCAACGAGGUCUUCACGGACCUCUGCCGACAGAUCAUCCGCAAGGAUCUCCAGGGCAGCUCCAAGGGCGACUCUCGCAAGCGGGACGCCUCGGACCGAAACGAUCGGAAAGGCAAUCGACGACGACGCAAGGGGCCUUGCGUGAUCUUAUAG